AUGCAGCUCCGAAAUGAUCGUGUGUGCUUCGGUAGCGUGCCGUUAAACUUUAUGCAACGAGGCCGACAAGUAAAAGAUGGGAACACCAGCUCUGUGGAACGGCGUUUAACGGCCUUUUUCUCUUGGAUCGAGCAAACUAGUCGGGUGCCGAUAGGUCGGAUG